GAACAGGAAACUGAGAAAUCACAAAGGGGCGUUUCCAGGAAGAGUCCAGAAACACUUUCCUGUAAUGGCGGACCAGACAGAGAGCGAGUCUAUUGGAUUCAACGACAACAGGAUGGCGCAGCAGGCGGUGCGGUUUCGCAGCCCUGCUCCUGCCCCUGCUCCUACCCCUCCGCCCGCCCAAACACAAGUGUUGCGAGGCCCUCCGCCGCUGCUCCGGCCUCCGCCGCCUCCUUUUGGGAUGUUGAGAGGACCGCCACCUCGACCUCCAUUUGCACGACCUCCUUUCGACCCCAACAUGCCACCCAUCCCACCGCCUGGAGGCAUGCCGCCACCUAUUGGACCUCCUCAUCUACAGAGACCUCCAUUCCUUCCUCCUCCCAUUGGCAACCUGCCCCCUCCUCCAGGAAUGCUGUUUCCUCCUGGGAUGCCUCCUGUUCCUACGUCUGGGAACCCCACACUCAACCCUACCGAGGAGAUUUGGGUAGAAAACAAAGCGUCAGAGGGAAAGAUAUACUACUAUAAUGCCCGGACCAGAGAGUCGUCAUGGAGUAAACCAGAGGGAGUGAAGAUCAUCCAGCAGUCUGAGCUCAACCCUCUUCUGGCAGCGGGGGCUGCAGGCUCCGGUGCAAAUGUGGGGGUGACUGCUGUUGCAAGCUCGAGCAGUGGCAACACUACAGCCAGCACCGCAGCAGCAGCCUCCCCCACACAGGCCCCAACCUCCACUCCCCCCCAGACUCUCACCUCCAGUCCAGACUCCAUCACCAGUCCUUCCCCGUCUGUGUCCAUGUCAGCCACCAUUGUACCAGACCUCAGCCCCGUCGUUACGGGGACCUCAACGGUUUCUGUGUCGCCAGUCACCGUGGUGACCGUUUCCACCGUUCCCUCUCCUGUUACAGCAGUUCAAACCGUGCCGCUGUUACCAACAGCCCUGCCUCACAGCGUCCCCCAGCCCACAGCAACCAUACCUGCCUUUCCCCCGGUAAUGGUGCCCCCUUUUAGGGUGCCUUUGCCAGGAAUGCACAUCCCUCUGCCAGGUGUAGCAAUGAUGCAGAUAGUAGGUGCGCCCUGUGUAAAGGCAGGCCCCAGCGCCAACGGCAUGCUUCCUGGGAUGGGCCCACCAUUAGUUUCCAUGAUGCACCCCCAGCUGGCACUUUCAGCUGCUCCUGCCUCCAUAGGAUCCCUGCAGCUCCCCGAGUGGACAGAAUAUAAAACAGCAGAUGGGAAAACGUACUACUACAACAACAGAACACUGGAGUCCACUUGGGAGAAACCACAGGCUGUUAUAGACAGAGAAAAAGAAGCACAAAGGCUCAGUGAACGUUUGGCUCUGGAGGAGGCAGAAGCAAUGGAGAUGGAGGACGAGGAGAUCAAAGCAGCAAACAUGAAUAUUGAGAAGGAGCUUAAAGAAGAAGAAAUGACCGAGGAGGAACGAGCAGCACAGAAAGCCCGGCCCAUAGCCACCAACCCAAUCCCAGGAACUCCUUGGUGUGUGGUAUGGACUGGUGACGACCGUGUUUUCUUUUACAACCCGACCACACGGCUGUCCAUGUGGGACCGUCCCGAGGAGCUUGUGGGUCGAUCCGAUGUUGACAAGCACAUCCAGGAGCCGCCUCACAAGAAGGGUGUAGAAGAUGUCAAAAAGACAGGUCUCAUUAAGGAAGAGCCAGACUUAUCUAACGCUGCUGAAGAUAUUCUGGAUGAAGAGCCAUCAAAAGCCAAAAAGAGAAAGAAGGAAGAAUUGAAGGAGUCAGACACAGAGAAAGAAGCAGCCAUGGAGGCGGAGCUCAAAGCUGCCAGAGAACGAGCCAUCGUGCCGCUGGAGUCCAGGAUGACCCAGUUCAGAGAAAUGCUGCUGGAGAGAGGGGUGUCUGCUUUCUCAACUUGGGACAAAGAGCUUCAUAAGAUUGUUUUUGAUCCUCGUUAUCUUCUGCUCAACCCAAAAGAGAGGAAGCAGGUAUUCGAUCAGUAUGUAAAGACACGAGCAGAGGAGGAGAGGAAAGAGAAGAAGAACAAGCUUAUGCAGGCUAAGGAUGAGUUCAGGAAAAUGAUGGAAGAUUCAAAACUCACACCCAGAACAACAUUCAGUGAAUUUGCUUUGAAGCAUGGUAGAGAUCCUCGAUUCAAAACCAUAGAAAAGAUGAAGGACAGAGAGGCCAUCUUCAUCGAGUUCAUGACCGCCAUGAGGAAGAGAGAAAAGGAGGACUCGAAAUCCAGAGGGGAGAAGGUAAGACAGGACUUCUUUGAUCUUCUGAGUGACCAGCACAUAGAUGGGAACCAGCGGUGGAGCAAAGUGAAGGAGAGGCUGGAGACUGACCCCAGAUACAAGGCAGUGGACAGCUCUGCACUCAGAGAGGAACUGUUCAAACAGUACAUGGAGAAACAGGCCAAGAACAUAGACAUUGAAAAGGAGCGCGAGUUGGAGCGGCAGGCCCGCAUUGAGGCCAGCCUCAGAGAGAGGGAGCGGGAGGUGCAGAAGGCCCGAUCGGAACAGACCAAAGAGAUCGACCGAGAACGGGAGCAGCACAAAAGGGAGGAAGCCAUCCAGCAUUUCAAAGCUCUCAUGUCUGAUAUGGUACGUUCUUCAGACGCUACGUGGUCAGAGACGCGCCGCAACUUGCGGAAGGACCAUCGCUGGGAGUCUUCGUCACUGUUGGAGAGGGAGGAGAAGGAGAAACUGUUCAAUGAACACGUAGAAGCACUGGCCAAAAAGAAAAAGGAACAGUUCAGACAACUGCUGGAUGAGACCAGUAUGAUCACGCUGACAACUUCAUGGAAGGAAGUGAAAAAGGUCAUCAAAGACGACCCUCGAUGUAUAAAAUUUUCCUCCAGCGACAGGAAGAGACAGCGAGAAUUUGAAGAUUACAUCAAAGACAAAUACAUAACAGCCAAGGCAGACUUCAGAACCUUGUUAAAGGAGACAAAGUUCAUAACGUACAGGUCAAGAAAACUAAUCCUGGAGUCAGAGCAGCACCUGAAAGACGUGGAGAAGAUCCUGCAGAAUGACAAGCGUUACCUUGUUCUGGAGUGUGUCCCAGAGGAGCGCAGGAAGCUCAUCAUGUUCUACAUUGAAGACUUAGAUCGGCGAGGCCCUCCGCCUCCUCCCACCGCCUCAGAGCCAACUCGACGCUCCACCAAGUGACCAACUACAUAUUCAUGGCCCCAUCUGUCCGUGCGCCCCUCUUUGGCCACAGCAUGACCUCCCCUCUGCACCCCACCGACCCUGGUCUCCAGGCCCACAGGUGGCCUUGCAGUGUUAAAGCCUGGGGUCAUAUUUCAAAAAGAUAUAACAUUGAGAUGAAUGGUUAUGCUCUCUGUGUUAUGUCACCUCUUAGCCCUGAAGUAGCCUUCUAUCUAAGGCACCAGCAGGGAACAGAGGUUACCUGAUCUGAAGGUGACCGCCGACCUCUCACCUCUCAAAGACGACAUGCGAGGGAGGGAGGCCGCUGCCUGAGCAGCCACACAGAUGUAAGAUAGCUGAUGUACAUGAAGUUGAGCGUAUGUGAGCCUGUGUGUGUAUGAAUGUCACGCACACUUCCACGCAUGUGUGCAUCUGAUUGGAGGCGUCCCUAAGCCUUACAUCUCCACUGUGCCAGUCAUGUUUCAGGCUCGGUGUGAAUGUUAGUUUCAGCUCGGUGGUUUAUUCCAAUGUGGCAGCAGUUUCUUUGUUGAAUUAAUUAAAGGAAACUUCCACAGUUUUUCUACA